AUGAUUAUUAAAAAAAUAGACUUACAACUUAUAGACAUUAUUAUUCCAUUCAAAAAUAAAAUUACAGAAUUAAAUGUAUACCAACAUUCAAACACAACAAAACCAAUUGAUUUUAGUCAAUUUAUUCAUUUAAAUAAAUUAAGUAUUAAAUGUUUCAAAGACUUUCAAUUAUGUGAAUGUUUUAAAAAUCAAUUUAAUCAAUUAGAAAGAAUUAACAUUCAAAUGAUUAAUCAUUUUAAUUCUUCACUUAUAAAAAUUCUUUGGAAUUAUAACAUAAAAUAUAAAACAAUUAUUCUUUCUGAUGAAAAAUCUAUUAAAGAAGCUCUUCAAAUACCUUAUAUCCAAUCAAAAUUUAUGAUUUGUUGUGAUAAAUGGUUUAAUGGAAUUGAUGAUUCAAUUUUAUUAUUAUUUGAUAAAUAUUUAGAAUUAAACUGUUCUAAAGGAUUUGACUCUUUUAUAAUAGAUAUGUACUUUCCUUCUAAAAUUAUUUUAGCUGGAAUAACACAAUCCUGUCUUGAUUUUUCUUCAUUCACUCAAUUACAAGAAAUACAAAGUUAUUCUAAAUAUUCAAUUAAUUAUCCAACUUCACUUACAACACUUGAAGAUUGCUUUUAUUUAUAUACAAAAACAUUCCCAUUCCUUAAAAAUAUAACAAUAAUUCAAAAUGACAAUGAUAUAGAAAUUCCAUCUACAGUUACAGAUUUGGUCAUAUUUAAAUCAAAUGGGAAAAUUUAUAAUGCACAAAAUGUUAGACAAUUAACAUUAUCAAAUCAUUAUUUUUCCUUUGAAUCUUUUAAUUUAUUAACAUCAAUAUCUUUAACUGGAAAAACAUUUAAAGGUGAAUUUCAAAAUCUUUCAAAUCUUUCUGUUCUUUAUGCAAAUGAUGUCUUACUUGAAUCUCCUCACUUCCCAUCAUCUCUUCAAUUUCUUUCAUGUCGUUAUUCUAAUUCUCUUAAACUUCCAUCAAAUCUUAUACAACUUGAAUUAUCAAAUGUUAAUAAACAAUUAGAUAUACAGUAUUUAAAAAAAUUAACUUCCUUAACUCUUAUUUCUACUCAAACUACUUCCUUCUUAUUAAAUAAUAAUAUGUAUCAAUUACACUUAAUAGAAACUUCAAACAAUAUAAAAAUUAUUGAUUUAUCAUAUUAUACAUCACUCACAUUUAUUGAAUUAAAUAAUGUUUACAAUCAACCAACCCUUAUUUUACCAUCAUCAACCCAUAGUCUUAUUCUUGAAAAUUGUAAUGCUUAUCUUUCAAAUAUUGAAUCAAUACCAUUACAAAAUGUUGCACUGAUAAACAGUUUAUAUAAUCUUGAAAUCCCAAUUAAAAUUUAUUAUGAAAAGAACAACAUUGUUCAAAUCUAA